AUGCCCCUUCGCCAGGUUCGACUGUCCCUAAGGUCGAGGCCUGACUCCAUCCGGACGACUGUUGUAUUCCCCAAUGUGGACUCCCCGGAUGACGACGUAGGUAGUCCUUCCGAAACCAGUCGCGAUGUCUGGGAUGAGGCCUACAUCCAGCUGAGGGUUGAGACUGCCACCGCCGCCGUCAUCGCCGACUAUGAACGUGUAUUGGGGGCAGCUCUUCGUCCCAUCAGCCCGGAACAUGCCCAUGGAUUGGACAGAAAUCCUUCGCGAUGGAUGUCAAGCUUGGACGAGGCCUCUCGGCGUGCGUUAAUCGAGGCACUCGUGACCCGGGGCUGUGAGGCCUUUGAACGAUCCUCGUACGGGCGCAACAUGUUGUCCUUUGUCGCAUUGUCUAUCGAAAAGAUGAAGUCCACCAUUGAAGCCACAGUGGAGACCUGCCCCGCCUCGUCGACCGCAUGGCUGGCGACUUGUUUGCUCGUUGCCCCGAUAAUCAUCAGCAACGUCCAGAAGGCCGAUUUGCAGCCGGGAAUCAACUACGUGAUAUCCAGGAUGCCCUGGUACACGGAACUAACCAAGGUCCCGACAGUGGGUUCGUGGAAGACGCCAGCGCUGCAGGCGGCAGUGACCACCAAGGUCGUCGAGCUGUACAAACUGGUCAUCCGCUAUCUCCUCGCCAGUGCUCGCUUCUACGACCACUCCACCUAUCGUUUUGAACCAAAUUCGGCCAAAUGGGGCAGCUGGGAGACCAUGGUCGCCGAAAUCCAGGCGGCCGAAACAGAGCUGCUGUGGUGCAUACACACGCAUAGCGGCAAGUCGCUGAAGCGUGCGCUCAUCGAAGGUGCCCGACAGGGCGAGCAUAUUAAGAACAUCACCAGCGUCUUCUCGGUCGCCCAGCGGAGAGCCAACCUGAUGGAUAAGAUCAUGCCGGAUGCCCGACUGUCCCACUCCGAAACGUACCACGACUACGUGAAUCAGAUUGCCAACCCCCAUAGCAACACUGGGCAUGGAGUGCUCAGCCACCCGACCUUUACCACCUGGAGCAACGCCGACAGUGGACUCCUCGUCCUUACCGGGCAGCCAGGAACGGGCAAGUCGGUCCUCGCGAAGUAUCUCUUGACGGAGCUGCCCCGAGUACGCCCUACAUCAAUCUGCUCCUUCUUCUUUAAAGACGAUGGCGAACAUAAUAAUCUGAGCACUGCCAUGUAUGAAGUCCUCAACAGCACCCUACAGCAGUGUUCCCAUUUGGACGAUGUGGAAGAAAAGGCAGAACAGGCCACGCGGCACAGCGUGCGACCCGACUCGGACCUGUUCUGGGAGUUGGUAGGGAUUGCCAGUCGAGGGACUCCCCACGGGCGGGUGACCGUAGUCUUGGAUGCUUUGGAUGAGUGCAAGAACGCCCAUCUGGAGACUGCCCUGGAUCGACUAAACCGGUUCCAGUCCAGGUUCCCUGACUCUAACGUGAAGUUCCUUCUCACGACCCGUCCCGUUCCCGGCCUCCUCGAGCGACUAACGAACGGCACCAUUCUCAAUCUUGGUGAGGACGCCGAGUGUCGUGAAUCUAUCAUCGGCGAUAUCGCUCGGGUGGCGCAGGAUCGGGUGGAACGGUUCGCCCGUGAGAGAUGUGUCCGCGAUGAGGGCACAAAAUCGAAAUUACUCCGGCACCUCGAAAUCCACGACAGCGCGAGCUACUUGUUUACCGACCUGCUAUUCGCCUAUCUCUAUUCUCUUCCUGUCCGACCGGGGACAAAUUACUGGUCACGCACAGUCGAUCACCUGCCAAAGAGUGUGAUCGAGAUCUACCGGGCGCUGCUGGACCAGAUCCCCGAGAGCAACCGCGACGACGUGCGAAUCAUGCUAGAACUAGUGCUCGCCACGACCAAACCACUCACCGUCCGGGAGAUGGCCAUUGCACUCGCUCUUCAUAUCGAUGACUGCACGAGCUGUGAUCGGGAAGACGAUUUGGGCUUGCCUGCCGAGGACUUUAAAAACUGGCUUCGCGACACCUGCGGACCGUUCUUCGACGUCUACAACGAUCGCAUCUACUUUGCCCAUCAGACAGUCAGGGAUUACCUCCUUGUGGAAGAACCGAAACAUAGGCCUGCCUGGUUAGAGCAGUUGUCGAUUGAGUCCUGUCACAAGAUGAUGGCCCACAGUUGUUUCGCCUAUCAAUCGCUUCCGUUCAUUAGAAAGAAUAGAUUCAUGUCGAUCGAGGCGUACAUCCAGGCGCCGUUUUACACAAGGAGACAGUACCAUCAGUGGUGCCAAGGGUCGUUUGUAUUUGCAGAGCAUGCGUUUGCCAAGUGGGUGGUUCACGUCAAGAAUUCCAACCGCUCAUCCGACAAGGCAAAGGGACGCGUGAUGGAACAAGCUGAAGGGCAGACGAAGGAAAACGGGGUUCUGAGCCAGGAAGAGGCAGGGUCCGACACGACGGACGAACACGACGCCCAUUCCGAGCAGUCGUCACAAGAGCACGAAGAUUCGAUUAAUGAAACAACCGGAGAAAAGAGGGAAGAUAAGGCCGAAAAGGAGAUUGAAGUGGACGUUGCGCACGACAUCAAGGAGGCUGGAAAGAAUUCAGAGGCUCCACCAGAUGAACCUGUAGUGGAACAGCCUGAUCAGCAGACGGAGGAAUCUGAUGGCCUGAGUCAGACAGAGGCAGGGUCUGAUAAGAUGGACGAGCAGGCCAGGAAAAAUGCUGAGCAGCCACCGGAAGAGCACGAAGAGUCAUUCGAAGAAACGACCAAAGCGAACACAGAAGAUAUCACAGAAAAAGAGACUGAAGUGGAUGCCGCGCAAGGCAUCAAGGAGACCGGGGAGAAUGCAGAGGGUCGUCCAGAGGGACAUGUGAUGGAGCAAGCUGGCGACCAGAAAGACGAGGCAUCGGGACAGACAAAAGGCCGGUCAACCCAGGUGUCCGACGGACGAGAUGAAGGUAUUCUGAUCGAUCAGGUCAAAGAGCUAUUCCCAGAGUUCCGGUUCAAGCUAGCCCUCCCCCUGUUUUGCUGCUCCGGAAUGCCGUCGUCUGUCGACGUCCAGACUUUUGUCGAAAUGCUUCCCGCGAAAAGCCCGGCCCGAGAUAACCUUCUCACCGCGCUUAGUCAAAGCCUAAUGGCCCGAUACUGUCAAUUGGGCGAUAGGGCUGAUCUCAACUAUGGCGCUGAUCUGGCAGAGCAGGUUCUUAAGAGAACACGUCGCGGCCACCCGCAAUUGACCCAGAGACUGGCCACGUUCGAUCAGGGUUUGAACAUGCGGUUUUGGGAUGCGGUGCAUCAUGACGUCCCUAUUACUGGAAAUGAAAUGCGUGAGGCCGACCAAGCUGUCGCCAUCACGCCUACCGGUCAUCCCGGCCGCCCAGCUGCCUUGCAUGAACGUGCGAUUGUUCUUGAAAGACAGUACCAGCGCACCAAGGAUGCCCAGGCCAUCAGCCAGGCUAUUGAGGACAUCUUCAGCGUUGUGAAACUGGUCACCCCGUCAUCGGCCAAACCGCGGUAUUUGGACUAUCUGGCGAACUUGCUGGGACAGCGAUUUCUGGACGGAGGCAACCCUGCGGAUCUCAAUUUGGCUACCCGGGCCGCUGUCGAAGCGGUUGUCACUACGCAGUCAAUCAAUCCCGGCGAUACCAAAGUUGUGGCGAUGCACCGAAGCACCCUCGCCUUUUGGUUAGGGGCCCGGUACAGGAUGACACGGCAGCCGAGCGAUAUCGACAAAGCACUCGAGGUGAUCCGGAUCGCAUUGGACAUCACGCCCGCUGAUGAUCCUAGCCUCCCGAUCUAUCUUUGUAGUCUCGCGCGACGUCUCUACGAACGCUACGAGCAGACCGGCGCAGAAGAAGAUCUUCGCGAGGCUAUUGCGGCCUCGCGUCGCUCCGCACAGCUUAUGUCUACCAAACAUCCCCUUUAUCCAUUCCACCAUCUGUUUCAUCAAGUGCUGAGCACGGAAGAGUGCAGUUAG